UUAGAAUCCUCCAACUUAUGUAAACUUCCGGGCAACUUCUUAUCACCUAUGCCUCUCCCUUGCAUAUACGAGGCAGAAACUAAGAGCAGAAUUUCACAAUCGGUCCACGGCUCGAAGUUGGGUGCGCAUACUGACAUAGGAGAUCUGAGUAGCUGAAAGACCCAAUCUACCAGCCAUGGCACUCAAACUGGUGGGAAUCUUCAUCCUGUCGGCAUUUGCAGUCUUCUUGACAGAAGCACGUUCCAUGGGCGGUUUUGGAUCCGGACCAUCAGGCCUGGGAGGGCCGGGAGCGGGGUUCUCCCUCUCCGACCUCCUUCAGAACGAAGACGUCGCCAGCAGUUUCCUGGGAGGUGUAGCCAGCACGGACCCGGAACAGCUCGAGCUGCCCUUCCUGACAGCCGAACAGGCCGAUCCUGAACAGCUAGAGCUUUUCAGUGCUAACCAGGACUGGCUGCACAGGGCUGCAGGCCCAAAGAUAUUCGACGGCAAGAAAUAAUGAUUUCAACAGCUGAGUGAGCUUCAGAAAGAACUGCACAAGGCGUCGUUUCAUUUGUGGAAAGUUUGUCGAAUACGAACAUAAUACUCAGUCGCAAAACAUUAUAUCUACCACCGUAUACUGUUGUCAUCAAGUGCAAUCAUAUUGUCAAUAAAAUAUUAUGAAAAUAUU